ACUACGGCGCAGUUGUUGUUCUUGUGAUGGAUGGCUGAUGAUUUCGGGUUCAAGCAUGGAACAAAGAAGAUUCAAGCCACGAAGGGCGCGAGGAUAUUGGGUCGGCUGCGCGGUUGCAGUGUUUUUGUGGAGCGUAGCCUCGGCACAAUCAAGAUAUUCAAUCUCUGAGGAAGUUAGGGAGGGAUCUGUGGUUGGAAAUAUAGCAAAAGAUCUGGGAUUGGAUAAAAGCACACUGAAAGAACGAAAGUAUCGGAUUGUUUCAAGUAAUGCGGAUCCUCUUUUCGGCGUAAAUCAAAACGAUGGCACCCUGUAUGUGAACCGAAAAAUUGACAGAGAAGAGGUGUGCGCGCAGAGCAGUACGUGUUUUAUAAAUGUAAAGACCGUGCUAGAAAACCCACUGGAGGUGCACUAUGUUGAAGUGGAGGUGCUGGAUAUAAAUGACCAUUCUCCCACUUUUCCAGAGGAAGAGAAACGGUUGGACAUUUUUGAAUCUGUGUUACCCGGAGCACGUUUUCAGCUAAAACCUUCACGGGAUCGAGACAGUGGUCAUAACUCCGUGCAGCAGUAUAAACUAAGUCACAAUGAUCACUUCCGUUUGGAGGUUAAGGAUAAAGGAGACGAUGGCAAAAUACCAAUAUUGGUUGUUCAAAAAUCUUUAGACAGGGAAACAGCAGGGAGUCACUCAUUAGUGCUGACAGCGCUGGAUGGAGGGAAACCUCCGAAAUCUGGCACUAUGAAUAUUUUGGUAAAUGUUUUGGAUAUUAAUGAUAACGCACCUGUUUUCACUAAAGAUGUUUAUUCUGUGAUGCUGGAUGAAAAUGCUCCAGUAGGUACAACAGUCGUACAGGUAAAUGCAACUGAUUUAGAUGAAGGGCCGAACGGAGAUGUGAUUUACUCUUUCAGUAACAGUAUGAAUCAAAAUAUAUUAAACACAUUUGAUAUAAAUUUAUCAACGGGCGAAAUAACCGUUAAAGGUGUCAUAGACUAUGAGGAGAGAGACAAGUAUGAAAUUGAAAUUGAGGCAUCGGAUAAAGGUCUGGCUCCUCUUACAACGGACAAAAGUGUGGUUAUCAAGAUAGUUGAUGUUAAUGAUAAUGCACCUGAGAUUGAAGUUACUUCAUUUUCGAGCUCAAUUCCUGAAGACUCCAGACCUGGAACUACAGUUGCUCUUAUCAGUGUAAAUGACUUGGACUCUGGUCUAAAUGGAAAAGUUAUUUGUUCCAUAAGUGAGGAUGUUCCUUUUGUCCUAACACCAUCUUUAAAAGACAAAAUGUAUUCAUUAGUGACCAAAUCGCCUCUUGACAGAGAAAGAAAGGACAAAUAUGAUCUAAAUAUAGUUACAAAAGACGCUGGACAACCCCCAUUAUCAUCUGAAAAAACUAUAAGCGUUAUUGUGUCUGAUGUGAAUGACAACAGUCCAGAGUUUACUCUGAGUCCCUAUACUUUCUAUGUCACAGAAGCUAAUGAGGCAGGUACCUCUGUGCUUUCCGUUAAGGCUUUUGAUCGUGAUGAAAGCAACAAUGCACAUAUUUCCUAUCAUAUUUUCAGAGAUUCAAGCACGGAUAACAAAUUCACUUCAUUCCUUAACAUAAACUCUGAAACUGGAGAUAUUUCGGCACUGAAAAGCUUUGACUUUGAAACUCUGAAAACUUUCCAGUUCCAAGUUGUC